UUCUGAGCGUGGAAGGAAGGGGCUUCCCGCUAGGUGCCAUCCCGUAGCAAGGGAGGGGAACCGGAGAAGCAUAGCAAAGACAAGGGGACCGAACUUGGUGUUGUGGGAAACGGAAAGCCUCCAACAAGGAGUUGUGUUUCUUCCCUGAGCUUCUCCGAGCAGCCUUGCGCUUCCCGAGGUUAGCGUCGCAGCGUUCGGUGAGAACAGUCUCCCGGGCGCAAAUUUCCUCGGAUUGCCGCUUUCCAGCUCCCCUUUAAUGGCGUUGUCGAAAAUCACAUUGGGACAUUUGAAUACAGUAAUAUUUGGCAAUAAUGAACCAGACAGAGAAGGAUGAGCAAGAUGUUCCUCCAUAUCUUAACAGUGAACCCCCAGAAGAUUCAGUAAAAGAUCAUCCGCAACAACAGCCUGGCAUGCUCUCCCGGGUGACUGGCGGCCUCUUCAGCAUAACCAAAGGAGCUGUCGGUGCCACAAUUGGUGGCGUAGCAUGGAUAGGAGGGAAAAGCUUUGAAGUGACCAAAACAGCAGUAACAGCUGUGCCUUCCAUGGGAGUAGGAUUAGUUAAAGGAAGUGUUUCAGUUGUGACAGGAAGUGUUACAGCUGUAGGAUCUGCUAUCUCAAGCAAAGUGCCUUUAACUGGAAAGAAAAAGGAUAAAUCUGAUUAAAGAAAUUCAGUACUGUUUCGUUGAGGAACUUACAUGGCUAUGGGACUUACACAAUUUGGAAUACUGUAAGGUCACCAUUCUGGAGGAAUAUCUAAUGAACUGAAAGAAUUAACUUUCUUCUGCAAGGAACAUUAGCAGCCUGGUAUCACAGAAACUUUAGAUUUCUUCAGGAACUUGUCUGGUGAAAUGUUACACUUGAUUAAAAAAAAAGGAAUCAAGUACAUGGAUCUGAAGGAAUGGCUUACAUUUGAACAUUAAUUCACUUUUCGAAAUCUUGAAUUAAAAAUGUGAAAAUAGAAGUGGAAGGAAUGACUUGGCAAAAAGUUAAGCACUUCAUGGUUCUGAUGAUAAUAGCUCCCUUUAAAAUAAUUUCAGCAUUAAAGUGCUUAAAUAUUAGCCUGAUUAUGCCCUUAAUUGGUUGCCUCUGCCAUACACAGAUACAUUGAUGUUCUAGCUUCAAGCCUAUGGUGUCUAUAUUUUUUGGAAAACAGUCCUUGAACUCCCUAUAGAGUCCUUGUCUAUCUUUGCUUUUUCAAACUAUUUUUAUAAACACUAAAUUCUUUAGACGUCAACUGUCGCAAGGAUGUGUUUGUGUGCGCACACGCAUGUAUAUGUGUGUAUAGUAUAUUGAGUCAAAUCAUGCCUUAUGGUGAAAAACAAUAUUUUUUACUUAGAGAAUCUUUUAAAGUUUUUGUAAUGUCUGACAUUUCAAAGCAGUCUGUAGGAGUACUACACUUUUUUUAUCUGUUGAUACUGUCAAAGAAAGACUGCUAAAUCUCAGGUGUAGCGUACUGAUGUUCUCACCUGCAAAAUGAAAAGCCCUUUAUGUUGUUAGGUUGCUUAACUGAAAAUUAAUUCCAAGUUUACAUUAAGACAAUAUUGAGGUAACUUUUAGCUGUAAAAUAAAAUCAUUUCUGUGGUUUCUAGCCUCAAGGUACAAAUUUGUACAAUCUUAUUUCUAGAGUAAUACAAAUACAGCAAUUGCUGUUGCUGUGUAUAAUCUGUUUACCUGAGUAUCACCCAUUAUCGCUAGAAAUUUUGUAGAGUUUGAUGAAUUAUGCUUGAUAUUUUCAAUGAUUAUUAACAUAAAAUAUUUUCUACAAAUAAUACCUCAGCAGGUAGGUUUGCUGAAUGGCACCCAUGACCAAUAAUGAUAGAAACAAGUGAUUUGUAGAGAAAUGUAUUUCGUGCAUACAUUUUCAAAGUUUUCUGAGCAAGACACAGAUAUGUCUCUUCCUGUCUUGUUCCUAAUCCCUAAUAAAUUAAAUCAGGAUUGGUAGUCCUUUGUGCUCAGUGGGCUAUAUCGUGGAUUUAUUGGAUUGAUAUCUUUAGAAUCUCUUUAGCAUGUUUCUGUUGAAUUUGUAGCUUUUUGGUAGUCCUUAAAAAAAGACUGAAGUUCACAUGACUAUUCUGUAUGCAAUUUUUAUUUAAAAUAUGUGUUAAAAACACACAAACCUGGUUGGAAUAGUUGUGAUUAUAAACAAUGGAUUAAAACACAUAGUGUCUUGUAAAAGUAAUGACCAAAAGCUGUCCCUUGUCUAAAAUUACAUAUUCAUAAAUUAAAUUAAUCUGAUAUAAUUUAUUGUAUUGCUGCAAUUUGUAUUUCAGCUGCCAAAGAUCCAUAGCUCAGUGAUAAAAGCAUAUACUGUGCAUGGAAAGGAUUUAUAUUUAAUUCUUGGCAUUACUAGUUGAAAAGAAUGAUCAAAAAUGUCCUGUUGGUAUCAGACCAGAAUUUGCUAGCUUGAUGAUAGCAACUUCAUAUGCUCACCAGAACAUAAAGAAUAUUUUUGUCCCAAAGGCAUAAUUAAAACUUCAAUUAAAAAAAACUUUAUUGCAAGAGGUUUUCUCAAUGAUACUAUAUAAAUUAGGAGUUUGUUUGUUAAUAGUAUUUAAUUAGGUGACUGGAUUAACAAUGUGCCUAGAUUAGAGAGUUUAUCAGACAAUCUUCAUAUUGGAAACCUUAGCUAGCAUUUAGACAUUUGUCAUUUUACUACUCAACCAAUUCCCUAAUAAAUGUGUAUCUUAAAACAUA